AUGUCAUCCAACAAUAACACAAGCCUUAAAUUAGCAAUUCUUCAACUUCAAACUGGUUUUCUAUAUUUAAACCUUAUCGGAGGCUUUAUUCUAUUGAUUGGUGGCGUACUCGGAAAUCUUCUCAAUAUUAUCGUCUUCAUUAAAGUUGGAAAUUAUAAGAACAAUGCAUGUUCACUUUACAUGUUUGUUCGCACUUUUCUUGAUCUCAAUCUUCUUCUUGCCGGUCUGACCGGUAGAAUUCUUAGUGCAGGUUUUCAGAUAAAUCUGACUUCGAUGAAUAGAAUUUGGUGUAAAACGCGCACAGCUUUUGUCGAUAUUAAUGCUGUAAGCACCUAUACUUUAAUUUGCCUACAAGCUAUUGAUGCUUUCAUGUGUUCUUCUCCAUCAGCUGUUGUACGACAGAAGAGCAAUAUUCGAAUAGCACGAUAUUUAAUAAUUGGUACUCUUUGCAUUUGGUUUAUUCAUGAACUACCCUACUACUUCUUUCAAGAUCUUGUUAUUGUAGGAGGUACCCCCAUGUGCAUCACAACAAAUACAAUUUUUGCUCAGUAUCGUAGCUAUGUUACCGUUCUUGGCAUUGCCACUAUUAUUCCAAUCACUGUGAUUUCUAUGUUUGGAUUUCUCACUGUUCGACAUAUGAAAACUAUUAGUGUAACAAGAUCACUUUCUUCUCUUACAAAACAAACCAUUAGUAUGGCAUUAUUUCAAAUAUUUGCUGUAUUAGUGUUUAAUAGUCCAUAUGCAAUUUGGCAAAUAUACACAGUCAUCACAGCAAAUGUAGUUAAAGAUACUUAUAGACAAACAGUGGAACAGUUAAUUAGUUCAUUUGCUGGUACUUAUGUUUUUGGACCAUAUGCGGUAAAUUGUCUAUUUCUUACUUUCUAA